CCCAGCCGAGAACCUUAAAGUCGUUAUAGACUCACUGCAGCUCAGUGCGGCUCACACACACACACACACACACUAUUCACCCUGUGAGGAACGACAGACGCAGACACAUACAUUAUCAGACAACAGACGCAGACACACUUAGAUAACACACAUACACACACACACACACUCACACACACACACACACACACACUCACACACACACACAGCAGUGAGGAUGAAACCCCGCAGGACUUCAGCAGGGCGUUCAAUGUAGUGUUUCUCUUGGCUAUGCAGCAGUGCAGGAGAGACGGUGAUGAUGGAGACACCAAAAACCUCCAGAGCUAACAGCACUCCUCUAACCAUGCCCACCAGGAUGCAUGUAAUCCAGGUGGACUCAGUGCAGCGUUGGAUGGAGGAUCUGCGUCACAUGACCGAGGUGGAGUGUAUGUGUGUGCUGCAGUCCAAGCCACUGGGUGUGGACGAGGACACUGCAAGCGAGCUCAUCAUCCCCGGGGUGGGUGUGGCCAGUGAUCAUGUGACACGAGACAACCUACAGACUCUCCUGAAGAGGGCACUGGUUGUUAGCACUGAGUUGGGCAAGAUGUUCCAGCGUCUAGAGAAAGGAAGAUGGCAGCGUGUACAUGGAACUGCUGUCAGAGCCAACUGCCACGUCCGCUCACUGGUGCACGAGUGCAGUGCGCACAGAACCAACAACACACACAUGCAGAAGUAUGAGGCCACUCUGCUGGAGAAGUGUAUGGAGCUCACUGUCAUCACUGAGAGGUGUCUCCACACAGAUGAUGAAUAUUUCCUCAAAUCCAUGAAGGAGGCCAUUCACGAGAUUCUCACAGAUGUCAGUGAUUCAUUCAGCCAAAUGAUUGACAUGGCCUUAGCCAAUGAAAUACAGGUCCUGAUCAGGCAGGUUGAGGAGUCAGAUGAUGUGUUCCUCAUGGAGAACGCAAUCAGUAACCUGCUGUCUCUCACUCAGGAUGGACCGCAGCUCUGCAGCAUCAUCGCCAAAGAAGGUGCAGUCGUAGCUCUGUUGAAGAUCUGUAGGCAGGACUGUUUCAGCUCUUUAUACGCUCCUGCACUCAGGACUGUCGCCUCCAUCUGCUGCGUGGAGGAGGGAAUCAACCAACUGGAGAAAGUGGAUGGUGUACUGUGUCUGGCUGAUAUUCUGACUGAUGACGGUUGUACAGAAGCAGCUCGAGCUGAAGCAGCUGCUGUUGUGGCUCAGAUCACGUCUCCUCACCACUCCAACACACACCACCUGUCCAGCUUCAUCGAGAGCAUGCAGGACAUCGUCUCCGCCCUCAUCAAGCUGUGUGAGACUGCAUCGUGUGGUGAGGUGUUCCUCUUAGCCUCGGCUGCUCUGGCGAACAUCACUUUCUUUGACAGUUUAGCGUGUGAGAUCCUGCUGCAGCUGAACGCAGUGCACAUCCUCCUCCAGGCCUGCAGGGAUCGACAGAGAGUCGACACACCUUACUCUAAAGACCAGGUCGUAACAAUUUUGGCCAAUUUGUCUGUUUUGGAGCAAACAGCAUUGGAGGUCUUACAGGAGAAUGGAUUGGAGCGUCUGCUUGUGCUGCUAGGAGAGAAACCAUCUUCCUCCAGUCCAUCAGAGGGCGCUGCGUGUGAGCGAGUUCAGCAGAAAGCUGCAGUAACACUCGCGCGGUUAAGCCGAGAUCCCGACGUUGCUCAAGCUGCCAUCCAGCUUCAAGCCGUGCCGCGUCUCAUCGAGCUGUGUCGAUCUCCAGCUGAGAGAAACAGCAGUGACUCUGUUUUGGUGGCCUGUCUGGCGGCUCUAAGGCGAUUGGCUGCUGGAUGUUCUGACAGUAUCGACCCGGCGGAUCAUCAGCAGCUCAUUAAGCCGCGGCUCGUCGACUCGUUCCUGCUCUGUUCCAACAUGGAGGAGAGUUUUGUCUAAAGCAGCUUCCUGCUUGCACACACACACACACACACACACACACACACACACACACACACACAAUAUGCUGGGCUGGGUUAAGCUGUUCUCUAUUGUUGCAAGACCAUACAAAGGUUUUAAAAAUAUAUUUUAUCUUAGGAGCUACAGUGCUAAUGCUAAUGCUAACGCUAACAAAACUGCUUUUUCAGCAGUGUUCAGUUCUCUUACCAAUUAGUGAAAUAUUAAUGAGCUUAGAACUGGAACACAACCUACAACUAGAAAAAUAACAGAACCAGAACCAACAUCACAACAAGAACUACAACCAAACAAAUCUAUAUAUGGAACCAGAAUCCAAACCUAUACAAGAACCAGAACCAUAACGGGAUAUAAUGGAACCCAACAGUAGAUCCAAUGCCAGAACUAAAAGAGAACCAGACCAAGGACAAACAAGAACUAUAAACAAGAACUAUAACUACAUCUGGGGUGGUGUCUGAGUGAAGCUCUGUGAUAGAACCCAGUGUUCCUGUGCUAGAACCCAGUGUUGUAGAGUGUAAUCACCACUAAAGGGGAUUAGAGACCAGUGUUCCUGUGCUAGAACCCAGUGUUCCUCUUGUUAGAACCACGUGUAGACACCACUAAAUGGGAAUGAACACACUACGGUUCUAAUUAUAUAUUUAAUUUGAAAAAAAAACCUAUACAUUUUUUCUCAAUUUUAAAAGUUUUUACACGCAAUAUUUGUAACACUUCUAACAUUGGUAAAUGUUCGUGACGUUGACGUAAAUGAACAAACUUUACAAGAGUCUAGAGAAAUAAAAAUGUUUUGGAGAAAUGUGCAUGAAACUUUAUUGUCAUAUUUUCACGAAGAUUUAAAUGUAAAUUGUAUUUAAAGAAAAUGAUUCACGCUGCAUGGAGGUUGUUUUGUUUUAGUUAUAGAAGAAUAGUAGUGUGUGAUCAUCAUAUUCACUGCAUCAGAGGAAAACAGCAGAAAUAUCUAACUAUACAUCUGUUUUCAUCAAUUCUGUAUUAAAACAUUUUACUUUAAUAAAUUCUGAGUGUUUUUCCAGAAACUGACAUUUUUUAUUAAUUUCCAGUCAGCACU